AUGCUGGAAGAUCCGUCACUUCGAUUACGGAAGGCAAUCAAAGAAGGUAAUUUACUGAUAGUGAAAAGAUUGUUGAGGAGGUUUCCAGACUUGCUCACGAACAUAGAUCCUUGUAAUGGGUGGAGCUCGUUGCAUUAUGCAUCAUAUCAUGGUAGGUAUCUGAUCUGUGUGCUAUUAAUCCAAUUGGGGCACGAUAAAACUGAAGUGCUAAAGACCUUUAAAGGCAAUACGUGUGUGCAUCUGGCUUUGAUGAAUGGUCAUGAGCAGACUACGCAUCUGUUACUGCAGCACUUCCCCAGAUUCAUUAACAAAGCCGGUGAGCUAGGUAGAACUCCGACACAUAUUGCAUGUAUUCAUGAUUAUUAUCAAUGUUUAAGUUUACUUAUAGGAGUUGGAGCAAACCUUAUGAUGAAAGAUGAUAAGGGCAAUACACCACUGCAUUUAUGUCUAGAAUUCGGGAGUACAAACUGUAUGAAGAUGCUGGUCAAUGAAAUACAGAUCUCCGAUGAUUCAAUAAGAAAUAACGAUAAUUGGCGUCCUAGUGAUGUAGCUAAGACAGUUGAAUUGGCUAAGUUCUACAAAAAAAUACGAAAGGAGAGUGCUGCAACUGAUAAUUUAAAGAAACCAAGCUUUCAAUCUUUUAAAACCCCUGUUUUAACAUCUAAGGCUGUUUUCGAUGAUGGUCCUUCACCGGUUUUAAGCAUUAACUCUUCACAAAUUGGCAAUACAGGAACUAAUAAUAUCAAUAAUAGUCCUUUACCAAGGUUACAGGGUAUCUUUACAAGUAGAAGACCUUCCGUUCCCACAUUGAAUGAAAUACAUAAUGGAAACGACAGGAGCCCACUUUCAGGAGCAAACGCCUUUGGUUUAUCAAAAAGUUCUAGCACAAGGUCUGCCUCUUCACCAUCCCAUAUAGUAAGAAAUAAAUCGCUUACAUAUCUAGGUGUUAAAGACAAGCCAAGAAUGGGAAAAUUCGAAGUUAAUACAGAAAGUGACAGCUCCAGAUCUAACAUAUUUGGAGGAAGUGAUAACAGUGCCUUGAUUAAUCGGUAUUUGAUUCCUAGUAAAAGCAUUAAUGCUGAUGAUGCUGCGACAUCAGAGGACUCUUCAAAAGAUCUAAACUCUCCCACAUCUAUCAGCUUCAAUCCCCACAGACGUGUAUCAUUAUUGAAUAUUCCAAUAUCAAAGCUAAGAAACGAUGGUUCUACGAAUGAUCAAAAUAACUGA